AAACAAUGCCUAAGAAGGCGUCUGCAGAUUCUGCACCACGAAUCUUCAAUUGAGACGUCAACCGACCUUCGUUCAAGAACACGAAGACGCUCUGAUUACUCGUUCCGCCAUGGAUGACCUCCCUUCACCUCUGAUCCUCGAAAUCCUGAGUCGACUCCACGACUCGGCCGACCUCGCUCGCUGCCGGCUCGUCUCACGAGAGUUCAACGCCCUAUCCUCCGAUGUCCGAACGAUCAACUUCCACUGCUCCUUGGAGCGCUACACCAUGUCCCGGUCGCCGGCUACGAGGUCCGAUGUCACGCCGUUCAAGACUAUCUUCAAGCGCCUGGUUUCGAGUUUGAGGCGCGUCGAAUCAAUUUCGAUCGGCGUCGAGAAGCCUCUGCGCGAGAUGUCUUACGACGACGUGGAGGACGAGUCGGACGAUCUGUAUCUGACGGACAAGUGUUUUAUUUCCGAUUGGCUGCCCAGUGUGGCCGGAGAGUUGAAAUCGAUUUCAAUUUCGGAUUUCUGGAUCCAGUCUUGUUGGAGACAGUCGGUGGUUCUGUCUUUGAUUUCUUGUGACUGCCUUAGCCUCCGUGAACUAGAGCUGAAGAAUUGUUGGCUGUCAGUGGAUGGCUUGAACCCAAUGCCCAUGCUCACAAGCUUGACGCUUGAGUAUGUAAGACUGGAUGAUGAAAAUCUGGGAAGGGUGAAUGACUGCUUCCCCUCACUGCAAGUGCUUAACUUAAUUGGGGUAGGGGGGCUUGGUAGACCCAAAAUCCAUCUCCUGCAUCUAAGGACAUGCCAAUGGACAGUAUCCAAUGCUCCACUUUCUUUGACAAUACUUGCUCCCAACCUCAUCAAUCUCAAACUCGCAUGUGUCAAGCCGAGAUCACUCGUUAUUGAUGCUCCAUUAUUAACUGAUUUCAAUCUUUCCAUUGAGACAGCGAGUAAAUUCCAAGUUAAGGAGCCGUGCAAUUUGAAAGCCCUUCAGCUUGAAUCCAAAUACCUUUGCAGCCUGUUUAACCUGUUUACAUUUGGCAGAACGAUUAAGAAUCUAAUAGUUGACUCGUCAAAGUGCGAUGAAUCAGGUGAAGUAGCAGAGUUAAACCUUGCAAAACUCUUUAACGUUUUCUCCAGCACAACAUCUCUUACUUUGGGGCCUGGGGCUUGGUCAAAAGCAGAGACUUGGUUUCUCAAACAAGGUUCAGAAGUUAUUGGAGGAACAAAGGAGUUGAAAGAACUAAUUGCUCGUUUCUAUGUAGAUGAUAUUAAUAUUACAUUGUUAUUCAUUUUCUAUCUACUGGAGAAAUGCACCAGCCUGAGAGAUAUGACAUUGCUCAUUCACCAUGAAGUCGAGACCUCUAUAGCCAGCAGUAUCAUGUCUAGGUCUAUGGCUCAUUGUGCACGAGUGAGAUGGAGAUGGGGAUUGUGGAUGAAAGGAAAGAAAGAUGCCUGGAUUUCUGAUGGCAUCUAGCAGGAUAAUCUGUAUAUGGUAGUGGCGAGGUGCAAUUUCCUAGGUGAAUGACUUGAUCUUGUGUACGAUUUGCUUGUGGUGGGUGCAUGCUAAUAAAGAUUUCAGUAUCCCAUUUGGUUCUAGCAAAUGAUCAGAAGUCACGGUCAGGCCACCUCUUGUAGCCAGAGAAUUUGGUGUCCUGUCGAAUUGGCAAAAUUGUGGGGGAAUUUGAGCAUCAAUAAAUUAAUCCAAGCCCCCUUGGGAAGGAGGAAAAUGUAUUGGGUGAGCUUUGUAUUUGAUCCAGUUGAUUGCUACAGGCUUCCUAGUGAAUAAAUCAGAAAAUGGGGACCAGGCCUUAAAAAACGGCUGCCAUUAUCUUUGGCACCACUUGCUGGCUUCUUGCAUCAACAAAUGAAAUGAUUGCACUCCUGCUUUUCUGGGCUUGACUGGUUUAAAUAAUUCGGCAGGUGCUACAUUUUGAUUUUCUUUCUUCUUCGAACUCUUCUUACCCUCAAAAGAAAUUCUGUUGUAGAAUAAAGAAUAUGGGAAUAGAAAAUGUGUGCAGUUAUAUGCACCAUGCAUGUGCGUAAACAUCAUUGAUUUGAAAUUGUCACACCCCUAGGAUAUAAUAAUAAUUAUAAAUUAGAUGUAUUUUUGUUGUUG